AUGGCAACAAGUCGGAUCUUGGAUCUAGUUAAGACCCAAUGCCGUAUAUUCUCUCUUAAUUUCAAUCCACAACGACUUCGACUUGGAAACAAAGUCUUGAGACAGCGCUUGCGUGGGCCAGCGCUUGCUGCCUGGUAUCCAAAGCAGACAGUCUCUUUCCGAGAUCUACAAAACACUUAUAAGCCUCUUGGCUUGACGACAUUUGACGAAGCUGAGGAUGACAGAGAAGAAGCCAUUCAGAUUGCCAAGUUAAGAGGAAAGGGCCGACCGAAGAAGAAACGAACUGCUGCAGAAUCACGGUCCGCAAAGAAGAAGAAAUAG